AUGAUUUCCAAGAAGGUGACUCACAUCCUAUCUGCUACGGCAGCGUGUCCGAGCAAGUUCCGUCAGCCCGCCUGGCAACAGCUGUUGGCAUCCGAGAUCGUUGGCCGGGUUUUGACGAUGAGGAACUUUGCAGAAAGCAGAGGUCGGAUCCUGUGCAAGAUGAAUUGGAUUCAGACCGUGGUUCUGGCAAUCAUGACUGGACUCGUCUGGUUCCAGAUCCCUCGGACAGAAGAGCACUUGAAAGAUAUUCAAGGAUGGAUGUUCUUCUCGACCAACUACUGGAUGCUCUUUGCUCUGUUCCAAGCUCUGGGAUCAUUUCCCGAAGAACACGAGGUGAUCAACAAGGAGCGGGCCAGUGGGGCCUACCGCCUGUCGGCCUACUACCUGGCCAAGACCGUGGGCGAGCUGCCGCUGACCAUCACGCUGCCCACCAUCUACCACGUCAUCAGCUACCCCAUGUUGGGCGUGCAUUCCGGCUCCACGUUCCUCGUCCUGCUCAUGUUCCUGCUGCUCAACACCGUCGUGGCACAGAGCGUCGGGUUGUUUGUCGGCGCCGUGUGCAUGGACCUGCAGCUGGCCAUCACGACCAGCGCCCUCUACACGCUCUUCACCCAACUGCUGGCCGGCUACCUCGUCGUGGACAUUCCGCACUGGCUCACCUGGCUGCGACACCUGUCCAUGAUCCGGUUCGCCUACCAGAACAUGCAGAUCGUCGAGUUCUCCAGCGGUGUUCCAUUUCUGUGUGCGGAGGAGAACUCGACCUUCGACACGUGCCACAGCAGCAAGGGCGGCGACGGCGGCGGCGGUCACCGGUUCAUCCCCAACGAGGCGAUCCUCGCGAGUCGCGGCGACACUCUGCCGCUCUGGGCCAACACGGCCGUGCUCAUCGGAUUCUUCCUUGUGUUCCGGAUCCUGUGUUACUGCGUGCUUCGCUACUUGCGCAAACCCAACAAGUGACGACGACGACGACGACGACGACCAUGAGGACGAUUUUCCGUCUCUCUCUCUCUAUCUCCACACGGACGCCUUAUAUAUAUUUCUCGCUCCUCAUGACGAUGCUGCUGCUGCUGCUGCAUCAUGGCGGCUAUGUGCUGAUGUACAUCAUGUCUCUGUCUUCUAUAUAUUCUCCUCCGCCAUGAUCAGCGUGUGAUUUUUUUCUCAUCCAGAACUCAAUUCCUUUCAUAUGCAGUACUGUACUGUACGUGACGCUGUAUUUUUGUAAUUUCCUCAUUGCUCAUCCGUCUUUCUCUUUUACCCCCUCCCCGAUUUCGGCAUUGUUGUUAUUGUUGUUUUUUUUUUAUUAUUGGUUCCCCUCGUCUCGGUCCGAAAAGUGUCAAAAAACGGAACUGGGAUUUUCUUGUAAAUCUGGUGAUGAUGAUGACCGACAAAAAAAAACCCCAUUCGUCAUUCGUGCCUAUAUUUCUCGAUCGCGGUGUGUGCUCGUGUACAUUAUUUGUCCGUAGAUGAGAUGAUCGGUGUACAACUUCAAGACUGGCCUUGUUUCAGUAUUCUGAAUCCUCUAUAUACUGUACUGUAUGCACAAGGGGGAAAAAAAGAAGUGAGAGCUGGGCAAAGAGAAACAAACAAAAAAGGAGGCAAGAAGAAUUUAAAAGAGCUCGUGCUGUGAGAUGAUGUCUGCUGAACAGCGAUUCUCUCUCGCACGGAAGAAUGAAGAGAAGAACAAAGCAAAACAACGCUAUUGGAAAUGCAGAAAUCUAGAGAGUGAGAGAGGGAUAUUGGCACAGUUCCUCUGCGUGAACCAACCCCGCGCGCGAUAAUGACACGAUGCCAAUAUAUAAGUAAAUAAAAGGAAAAAAACGAUCGGAGAUUUCAACACGUUUGAGUUACCGAAAAGCUACCGGUUAUCUCAGGUUGGAAAGACGGAAAGUUGACGGAGUAUAUUGCAAAAGGAAUAUACCUGUUUCUAUAUAUUGUUGAUUUGAACUCGCUGCUGUUGAGCUUUCUUUUUUUUUUUUUGUCCCCUCCGCGUCGAUGACGCGAGCAACGAAACGAAACGUCGAAGAAAUUACCGAAAUGAGGCGGCACUCGUCAUCAGCAAGUGUUACUACUAAUGCUGCUGCUCUUGCUGACGGAAUUCUGCUGUAAAAAAGAAAGAAAAAAGGAACGUGAUUUUCACUGAUGAUGUCAUGAUGUUGAUGAUGAUGAUGAUGAUGGCUGCCUCGGUCGACGAUGAGGGAGACACGAGAGAGGAUUGUGAUGCAUUUGUACAGAUGACGAGAGGGAUGAUGUUGCCUUCGUCGACUUUAUUUCGUAGCUAUACAUUCGCCGAUUCCUUUUUUUUUUAUUCAUUCGGAAGUUGGUUCUUUGGCUUGCUCGACAUUUUUGCGGGCGUCAAGGGAUGAUGAUGACACACUGCCAUGAGAGAAAACUGAUGCUGAGAGGCGAAUCGAAUAAAAACUACAUUUUUCUCUUUGGAUAUAUAUAACA